AUGGCGGGGGGCGUUUCCGCAGAGAAGGACCUCUAUCUUGGCAGCAUCUAUCACUCGCUGGAGCAUCUCCCGCAGUGGUAUCAAGUCUUUGCCCUUUCUGGAUUGUUUUUUCUCUUUCCUCUUCGCGAAAUUACGCUGGUCGGAUGGCUUGCCGUCUCCCUUCACCGCUCCUUUGGGACGGAAAUUGUUUGGUCAGAAGAGUAUCAGCGAAUUCUUGAGCAGAUGUCAUUCAAUGAACGAAUUUGCCUCACCCUGUAUGGUGUUGCUCUAUCCGUCUUGGCAUUUUUUUCUUACCGAUUGUUUGCCUGUGGCGCCCUUCAUGCUGGGCUGCAUGAGUCCGGCCUCAGUGGGGGGCGUAAAUGGUGGCCUGCCGCCGUUGUGUGCUUAUUCUUUGGAUGCGAAGCCAUGGCAGCUCUCAAAGAGAUUGUGGCCCGAAUACUUUCUGACCCAACAUCGCUGGGAUGCCUCGCUCUAGAAGUUUUCCAGGGUGUAGAGAAUAAAACAUUUGAUCCUUUUCUGAUGAAAACUAACCCGCAUUUAAUUAUUCAAUUAGAAAUUCUAAGGGCUAUGCUGUUAUCAUUUUUGGAGCGUGUAGUACCCGCUGUGGUAAUUGGGUGCUGUUACCGUUUAUUGCGAGACGUACCUCGAAGAGCCCAAGCGGCACUGCGUUGGUACAUUGUCACAAUUAUGAUAUCACGGUGUCUGGUAGAAAUUUAUCUUAUGUACUGGCAUAAUGAGUGGGGUCAGCUGAGUUCAUGGAUUUUGUUUUUAUCCACUCUGGUACUUCUUGGAAUGGUAAAUUACGCUUUUGGUCCCUCCAAACGCGGGGGUUGGACUGCAACGACAUCUGUUGUGUCAUCGAUAAAUCAAACUAUUCGUGGCACUGUCAAAUGUGCGGCAAUUUUAUUUGUCAUUUUCCUAUGUGCUUUGGCUUUGGUGGUGAGUGUUCAUGUGGUGGAGCUGCUGCUUAUUUGGCUCAUUUUUUUCUUGAUGACUGUUUGGAUUCCUGCGAUUAUAGACUCCUGUUCAACGGAGUACUCACUUUGUAUUGUCACGGCGAUAUCUUUUAUAGCGCAUCAGAUGGAAUACCUGACGGAUGUGGGCUCCUUUCGUCUUUGGGGAAUUCUUUUCUUGUGGUGGUUAAACCUCUGUCUUUUAUACAAUUUUGCCACCAACGCCUGUCGUUCACGCUACGGUGGGAUUGUUGCAGUUUCCAUCUCGAUUAUGGGCAUUUGGCGCAUGACAGACCACGAUGGUAAAACAGGGGACAUUGUUUCUUUCUUAGAGAACAGCGCAGCCAAACUACGGGACGUGGUAGAAGGCUUCUCAGCUGUAAAUGAAACGGAAUUGAUUGUAGACAAUGCAGGUUUGGCCGUGUACAAUUCCCUUCUCUACUCCGGUUUUACAGCGUGUGUUAUUCUCGUUCUUUGCAUAGGGCUUAUCGCUUUUUGCGAGGCACAAGAAGCACGAUCGCGCUUGCUUGGGAAGAACAUUGUCAUUGUGACACCUGGUGUUCUUUUCCGGAAACUUGUUAAGACCCUCAUUCUAGGUGUUUGUUUUUUUAUCUUCAUGUUGACAGGGAUGCUGCUCUAUCGCUUUCUUCCUCAACUCGCAAUGUUCACUCCAGAUCUUUUUGCCCUUGGAACGGCAGUGGGCCUGGCUUGCACAAUAUUAGGCGGACUUAUGGAUAUGCAAGAGUUCUUGUAUCUGUCUUUUAUGCGGGUUAUUGGUUUUAUGGAUCCUCCUGUGGCCAAUGAGGAUGAUAGGGAUGCAGAGCGAAAUCCAUUUUUUUCUGUAUUUAAUUCAGCCUCAUCAAAGCGUUAG